AUUGUUAUGGUCGCGGUCACACUGAUCCACGCACACAUACACUUAUAUACUGCGCUUUGUCAGGUCGAGAGUUGCAAAGCAUACAUACAAUACAAUAUUUUAUUGCUGGUUUUGGUGGUAAAUUUGCAUUUGUUAAUGGCCGUGGCCAAGACAGACGUGCCCGCUUUUUAACUCAAACCAAACAAACAAACACACGUCUCUCUCUGUCUCUAUCAAUGAAAAUCGAUCAUCAAGUGUUUUUCAAUUAACUUGUAUUCCAUAUGUAAAAAAAAAAACAACAAAAAACAAAAACAAAAUAAAAAGAAUAUAUCGAAACUAAAACAAAAUGUAUACUAAGUAACGAUACCGCAUAAGACUGUCAUUAUUAUUAUUAUUGCCGCCGCGUUUAUCUGUAUCUGUAACAGUACCUCAGUAUAUGUAUCUGUAUCUCACUGACCAACUACUGCAAAAGCGCAAACUUCAAACUGCACACACCUCAGCCUCAGCCUCAACGUCAAAGCUCAUGUUAAGCUCGCCUCCAUACGCCAACUUAUUAUAUAUCAACAAAUAUAGUAUUAUUCCUCGUACCGCCUACCAACAAAUACUACCAACAACAACAACUACUACCAACAACAACAACAACUACAACAACCAGAACCAUCAACAUUCUGCAACUCUUGGCAAGAGACUCGGCUUUAGUUUCUAAAUGAGUUUUGAAUAACCAAAAAGAAUAAAUAAGAAAGAAACCAAUUGCAAACGUAAGUUUCGAGGGCAACAGCCGCAGCAUGCUGAACUCCAAUGCCAAUCAUUCUGGCAACAGCCGUCGGCCAUUUUCGCGUAAUUCCUCAUCGGCCCGCUCCCAUCGCGGACGCAUGCUCUAUUCCCCGCAUCCCCACGGACAGCAGCAGCAGCAACAACAACAACAACAACAGCAGCAGCAGCAACAACAGCGGAACAACAACAAUGGCCUUGUGCCGGGUCAUAGUCCCUGGUGCAAUGUCAAUCUAAAUCGCCACAAUAAUGACAGCGGCAACAACAACAACAGCAACAGUAACAACAACAAUGCCAAUAAAGAUGCAAUCGAUGGCAGAAAUUCAAAUUGCGAUGUACAAACAAGUAAUUCUAGCGGAACUUGUAUUUAUAAUAACAAUAGCAAAACGCAUCAUCACAAUAACAACAACAACAGCCUUAACCUUAAUCACAGUCAAAAUACCCACCACAGUCAUCAUCAGCAUUAUCAUCCAGCUACACAUUCCCACUCACAGUUUAACAGUAACAGUAACAGUCCCCAUAACAUUAACAGUAAUCGUACCAAUAGUUAUCAUCACGCCAUUUCCAACACUGCACACAACAACAACAUCAAUUGCAAUGAUAACACCAACAACAAUACUAGUAAUUUGAGUAGCAUUCUUCGUGCAUCACAGCAACACAAUGAAAACCACAAUCCCAACAUCCUGAAUUCGAAUUCGGGUUCGAGUCCCAGUUAUCACAGCUAUUAUGAUAUGUGUCACAGUGCGUCAAGUGCGACGUCCGCUUUUGGUUCCAUGUCCGUGUCCGUUGUCAGACUGCAGAAUCCAGCACGCUUAUGUUUAACAGUUGCCACUCCUCCCUCGCCAUCACCGCGACGUCCCCCCCUCGUAGUGUCCUACAACAACAAUAAUAACCUGCAUUACUUAAGUCAACACCAAAGUUACAAUCAUAAUCAUCAAUAUCACAGCACUCAUCAUAACCCAAAUUACCAACCACAACCACAACACCAACAACAACAUAAUCAGCAAUUACUACUAGUACAACAACCACAACCACCACCACCACAACAACAACAACCGACUAAUCGCCAAUCCCUCCCGCUAACACGUACGAAUUCAAAUUCAACAACCGCAACUUUCAAUUCAACCAAUACAACAACAAAUAGUAACCCUACUGAUGUUGUGAAUGUCAAUUCUUGUACCGAUAUAAUUCCUCAUGGGUCGUCUGCGCCACAACAACAACAACAACAACAACUACACCAACAACAACGAAUGUGUUCACAACGGCAACAACAACUACAACGACGAUCUCAAAACCAAAACCAUCAUCAACUGUCGCCGUCGCUUCUUAUGAUCAACUUCAACCAAAUGACUGAUUCUCACAUUAACAAUGCAUCAAAUGCGUCACCCUCCUCCACCAAUAGCCACAACCAAGGCCCCUCCGGUCCCCCACCUCUGCUGCUGGGACCGGGCCAUGGCCACCACAAUCAGCGUAGCUAUAACAACAAUAAUAACAACAACAAUCGCAACGGCAACAACAAUGCGAAUGGCAAUGGCGGAAAUGGAAUUGGAAAUGGCAAUGGUAACCCUAAUGGCGGCAGCCCUGCAGAUUACAUGAAUUACCGUCGAGCCUGUCAACAUCACAAUAAUAACAACAACAACAAUAAUUCGGGCAACGGCCACAACAACAAUCGUCGCCACAAUGGCAGCUACGAAAGGAAUCCCAACAAUAAUCACUUUGGUGGCAAUGGCAGCUCGGAACAAGGCCUAGAUCAUCGAUCUGAUGGCGGCUAUAGCUUUAUGCGCAACGGUGGCGGCUAUGGUCGCAAUGGAUCCCACUACCAGCACAUGGGCAAUGGCUACAACAACAACAGUGGUGCGUCCACAUCAUCUGCUGGCCAAGGUUUAAUGGGAGAUAUGCCCUCGGGGUCUGGACUGUCGGGCUCGACACUCUCGCUGAACAAUGGACCAGGGCCGAAUGGGCUUAACUCCGAUAGUCCAUCGCGCAAGCGUCGCCGUAUCUCAGGGCGACCUAGUCAAUCUCCGCCAGCGAUUUGGGAGCCAAGACGCUCACAGCGUGUCAUGAUGCAACAGGGAAGUCCACCAUUGCGUCGGCCACGCUUGCGUGAUGUUGUCACAUCCACACAGCAGCAGCAGCAUCAGCAAUAUGCCGCACAGCAACAUCACGCACAGCAGCAGCCGCCACCGCCCAACUACCAUCAGAUGCACCACCAUCAGCCGCAUUUCGUGUCGCAGCAGCAGGCGCAUCCUCAUGGGCAUCCACAUCGCUCGCCCUGGGAUCUAACAGGUCAAGGCUCUGGAGCUGGAGCUGUGGGCAAUGCGGCCGCUGGCAAUGCAGGUGCUGUUGGUCCCUCAUCCAGCAGCACAGUAGGCGCCAUGCUGCAGCAGGUGCAGGCCCCACCGCCACAGGCGCCGCCCACACAUCAGCAGACGGUGUCUGCUGGUCCGCCACCACCACCGCCCACUUCGCUGAUGGUCGAUCUAAAUCUGAACCAAGUGCCCGUUAGCCUGGCUUUGCGUCACGAGCCCAUCUGGGCCUCGUUCUGCACGUAUCCGGCGCACGUCUCGCUGCCAGCGCAGGCUCGCUUGGCGCCCUGCCAUCUGCAUGGCAUCUACACGCAACCCUUCUCGGCGGCACCCGCUGGACUGGCGGCUGCUCCACUACAGGUGGCCCAGGUGCCAACGCCCACGCAGGUGGCUGCGGCUGCAGCAGCAGCACAAGCGAUGAUCCAGCAGGCAACGAUCACGGCACAGCAGCAGCAACGUGAUGUGGCCGCCAUUGCGGUGGCCAAUUUGACACUAGAGCCACCCACACAUCACUUGGACGGACAUCAGGCAGCCGCAGCGGCGGCGGCGGCAGCAGCAGCUGCAGCAAGUGCUCCGGUCGGUGCACAAGCGCCACACUCACAUCCUCAUCCCCAUCAGCAUCCGCAUCAGCAUUCGCAUCCGCAUCAGCAUCAGUUGCCGCCAAGUCACAUCCACAUCGCCUCCAUGAGCGCCGCAGCGGCGGCGGCAACACAGCAUCUACAUUCCACGGCCGCAGCGGCAGCAGCUGCCGCACAUGUGACACAGAUGUCGGCGGCACCGCAGCAGAUCAUCAUAUCGUCGGAACGACGCACAUUCCCGCCCCACAGGCGCAUUCCGCGCUUCUGGCCGGCAAAUCCUGGAGCUCAUCGUCAUGUGCUACCGCCGCAAUCUCUGGCGGCCCAUCAGGCGCCCGUGCAGAUUCAAACCACCGCUGGCAUCAUCAAUCCGGGCUUCUUGCUCAAUUUCCUUGCUAUGUUCCCGCUGUCACCCUACAAUCAACACGACCUAAACUCCGCAGACACCAAUGAGACGGAGAACUAUGAGGCGCUCCUCAGUCUGGCCGAACGUCUAGGCGAGGCCAAGCCCCGCGGUCUGACCCGCAACGAAAUUGAUCAGCUGCCCAGCUACAAGUACAAUCCAGAGGCCCAUAAUGGUGAUCAAUCCUCCUGCGUCGUCUGCAUGUGCGACUUUGAGCUGCGUCAGCUGCUACGUGUCCUGCCCUGUUCCCACGAAUUCCAUGCCAAAUGUGUGGACAAAUGGCUACGCUCCAAUCGUACGUGCCCCAUUUGCCGUGGCAAUGCCUCGGACUACUUUGAUAGCGCCGAUCAUCAGCAGGCAGCUCAAGCCCAAGCUCAGGCGCAAUCGCAAGUGCAAGCGCCGGGAGUUGCUGCCACUGCGGCAGGUGCAAGCAGCGUGGCAGGAUCAACAUCGACCAGUGCUAGCAAUGCACCAUCAUCGGUGGCUGCCGCAGUGGCUGCUGUUGCAGGCACUAACAAUGUGCAGCAGAGUCAGGCUGCCUAAGGAGUGUGUUAACAUUUAUAUAUUCAAGAGAUAACACCAAUAAUAAUAACCACAAAAAUAUAAAUACUACACGCUUUCGCCACGUCGUCCAGGAUCGGAGCACAUCUACAAAUACAACCAAACAAACAAAUAAACAAAACACACACACAGAGUUUGCCUACAUGAGUAAUUGAUAAAACGCGCAACGAAUCCAACUGCCAAAUCGCUUCCCUUUUAACCAGGCCACUUCAAUAGCUUGUUGUAGAACUAAACGUAGGCGGUAGUUGUAUGUAAGUAACAAAUAGUAACAGUAACUUGUAAUCAUAAUCAAAAAAAACAAAAACCAAAAAAUACCAAACAAAAACAAAAUGCAUACCACCAAGAUUUCAUUACAUACAUAAGUACUCUUCGUGCAUACGUAUCGAUAGUCAAUAAUCGAUAGUAUUGUUAAAUGUGCUAAACUUGAGCGAACUAAAACUAAUGAAGUUAAAAGUCAUCACUGAUUUUUCUCCAGCAGUGCAGUGCUAAAGGGGGUCGAUAUUAAAAAAAAAAGAGAA